CUGAACAAAGAAAGAACGUUUUCUUCUUCUUCUCAAACUCAUCAAUGAAGAAACGAGGGCAUGGUUACUUCCCAGAUGAUUGCUGGACUCUUAUAUUCCACAAACUUAGAGAAGAUGAUGAGCGUGACUUGGAUUCGAUAUCUUUGGUCUCAAAGCGGUUCCUUUCGAUAUCUAAUUGGGUGAAGCUUAGUUUGAACGUAAACGAUGAGACACUCCCCCUACUCCCGAAUCUUCUUCGAAGAUUUCGAAACAUCGAAACCCUAGUCAUCACCGCCGGCAACGAAAUAGAUGGACUCGUUGAUCUGAUUUCACGGUCUGGUGCAUUGAAUCUCCAAGCCAUAAAGUUUUGCUGGUGUUCGCCAAAACCUCCGCGAGAUGGUUUUAAGGCACUUGCGUUGCAUACGAACAUAAAGAGCCAUGUGAAGGUAUUGGAUUGCACUCUGCUGGUCUUCCUGAAAGACAACGAUUUGGUUUCGAUAGCGAAUUGUUUCCCACGGCUAGAAGAACUCAAGAUUAGGACUUAUAAGUUAAUUAUGAGCAAUGGUGAGGUUGCGGGACGUAUAACAGAUGAUGGUGUUGAUGCAUUGGCCUCAAAGCUUAAGGAGUUGAAGAAGAUUGUUUUUAAAGGCGGUCAACAUCGUGUGACUGAAGAUGGCAUUGGUUUUGUGAUGCAGCAUAGUCCCAAUUUGACCACUCUCUCGCUAAAUUUGGGGCUGUUAACACCUUUUGCAUUCUCUUUUACAACCGAAAAUGCGUUCGCUAAUGUCAAAAAUUUGCAUUCUCUAACUAUGUAUCGACAACUCGUUUCGGCCAAGCAUAUACGUUUAGUUGCAAAAGCAUCUCCUCCAUUAAAGAAGCUGGAACUCAUUGGCCUCAACGGCCAGUAUCCUGAAUUGCAUGGUGCUUUAAAUUCGCUUUUGCAGGCAUGUAAGGUGACACUGGAAGAGCUAACCCUAAGAAACUGGCAAAUAACAGACACAUAUAUAGGCAAUUUGGCUCAGUAUCUCUCCAAUCUAACUUUUAUAGAUGUUACGGGAUGUUUUGGGUUCACUAGUGUCACCUUUUACACCCUCAUGAAAAGUUGUCCAUUACUUGAAAUACUGAAAAUGACACAUACAAGUGGACAAGAGAUGGAUACUUUUUCUGCAGACUAUGUACUUAUAAACUACCGUAUUCGACACCUUGAUAUCUCCAAGAAUAUGUGGUUGACUGAUCAGAUGCUCAAGAACUUUGGGCAAGUUUGCCCGAAUCUACAAUUCCUCGAUGUAAGUGAUUGUUCGUACCUCACCAAUUCUGGCAUUGGAGAAGUUUUAAGGAGAUGCCCUGCCAUAACACAACUGAAUAUCAAUGGUCUUUCGGUUUCGAAUAUUUUUGGGAGCUAUUCUGACCACUCGGUAGUGAAUUUGAAGACUUUGAGAGCUGAAGCGACACAACUUAAUGACAAAGGAAUGGCAAUGAUCAGAAGUAGGUGUCGAUAUCUCCAAUAUUUGGACAUCGAACGUUGCUGUAAAGUGACCGAUAAAGGUGUAAUGGAGGUGGUGAGGAACUGCAAAAGACUGAGGGAUGUCCUUCUAGGUGGGUGUAGAGAAGUGAGCCACAAUAUUUUACCUGAGAUGGAAUUGUCAAGGCCCUCCCUUAGGAACAUUAAGCCACCACCUAAAGAUGGUAUUGAAUGGCAUUUAUAAACACUGUGUUGUCCUUUCGAUGCUGGCUUUAGCGCAUUGCCAUGACUCUGCG